AUGAAAUUCUUAUUGAUUGCAGGGUUAUUUCUUUUGAAAUGUUUAUUGAGUGAAGGUGCUCCUGUUACUUAUGAUUUGGAUGCAACGAAUCCGUCGUUUAUUUUGUAUGGACAGGAUUUGGAUGUGAAUACAACAGUCAUUGUCAAUUUGCCAACAAAUGGUAUCGUCCAAAUCAGCGGCCUUUUCCUUGAGCCCAACAAAACUUUCUUUUUGAUCACCUCAGCGAAUCUCGCUUUUAGUGCACUCGAUUUGCAACGUCAAGGUUAUUUACGAGUUCCUGGACCGGUUGGAUUGAAGUUGCUGGACAAUUCCACCAACAACUUCUACUUGUCGUUUGUGCUCUAUCCUGGAGAUGAUAAAGCUGAUUCAACUGGACUCAAUAACUAUCAAUUGUUCCUGUUCACUGGAGAAAGUGUCUCAAGAAAGAGUCUGGAGAAAAUUCCUCCAUUUUAUGUGAUUGAAGCGAGUCAAUCUUCGGCGGCGAUGAUCACAAUUAUCAAUCAAAAGUAUUCAAAAGACGCGUGUUAUGAUUUUGAUCUGCAACAAGUUCAAAUUAGAGACAACUGUGCAAUGACAUUGUAUGCUGGAGCGGCUCCCAGCUACAACCCGAAUCUCUAUACAAUCGACAGUGUCAGUCGCUCAAACUAUCUCUGGCCAACUCUUUCCGCUGCCUCGUACACAUUUUUUGUAAAUACCAGCUGUGCGGCCACUUUUUCCUUGAUCAACUAUGUCCCAGGCACUCGCAGCUUCACAUCAGCAACAGACACGCAGAGCUCUGUAGUCAGCUGUGACUAUCCGGGAUUGAAGUACAGUCGCAAAGAAGCCGUCAAACCGUUUCAGCUCACGUUUGAUACCACCGAUCCAAGCACUUAUUCGAUCCGAACAACUUACGUGCAAGUCAACGCUGGAACUGGCGGAUCUCUGGGGGUGCAGGUUCUCGAAAAAGGAAAUGUGACCAGCGAUUGGAAUAGCACCUCAACUUCCCCUGCUCCUCCCGAUGGAAUCGGGCAUAGUCUGAAGGUAAACUGGGUGCCUGGUGGUGAUGAGAGAAAAGGAUUUUUGUUGAAAUGGGCAUAUGAUAAACCGACGAUUUAUUACAUGUCUGCUGCUCAUGAUCCAGUCAUUUUCGAUUCACGGAAUGAUCCAUUUUCUAACAGAAUCGUCACCGGUUCAACUAUUCAAGUGAAUGUGAAGAUAAUCAAUUUCGUUCAAGAGAUCUAUUUCUACAAUGGAAAACAAAAUAUCAGUCUAUCCACAUUAACGAAAGGACCGCAAGUGUUCCAGGAUUCCGUCCAGAUCACACCGAACACCAUAAACUUGUCCCCGACUCAAUACAUCGCUGCUUUUACGAGUUACACGACUCAAUCCGAUUAUCCGGGUCUGACCGAUUAUACUCUGUUGAAUGUGGCUCAAAACGGAACAACCAAUAUCAUGAUUUCAUCAAAGAACAACACCCAAGCGCUCACUUUCACCAGAUUUUCCCUUGUCGCCAUGUUUCUUGGAAAUGUUACAGUGACUGGUGAUGACACCUGCAAUGUCGAGUUGUUCGUCUCGGGAAUCCCGCCACCAUCGAUCCGUGAUAGAAUGAAGCUCUUCAAUUUCAACCCAUCCUCGACAACUUCAAAAACAUUUAUCCGAUCAGCUAUCCGGUCUGCCUCGGCCACUCUCAUUGUGCCACCAAAUUGCGCCUUUUCAGCCGAUAUUGCUCAAAUGAGUGAUACAAUCGAAAACUUGUCCAUUGGUUCUGCCGGCUUCUUGAUGAGUCCCGAGUAUCCGGGAAUCUACGAGAACUCGCAAGGCUACAUUGGCCUCAGUCGUCAAAAUAGUGAAACUCAUUUCUGUAAUCCAAGUGCUAGUAUCGAGGGAAACAUCCUCAAUCCAAAUAUGGGUUUCUAUGCGAACACGAAAGGAGUUUUGAAUAUCACAAUUACGGGAACGAAAGGGGCAAAUUCGCUCAUUAUUGAUAGAGACUCUCCAUCAGGAGGUCAUUUGGUCGCCGAUGGAAACAUUUUGCAAGUCGAUUGGCACACUGUCACUGGUUCUCAAGGCUUCUUGCUUCAAUACAACAUUAAUGAGCCGAAGUCUGGAGCUUCUUCUUUGUUUGGUCUUGCUUCUCUUUUAUUGGCACUUGUUUAUUAUGCGUAU